UAAAGAUGUGGUUCAGUGAGUGUCGAUGGAAGUCAGCGGGUGCCGUUUUCCCGCCUGGAGGAGCUCAGUGAUGCCUCUUUGCUUCCUCAGUGUAUCCACGCCAGGCGCCAUUUUGUCAGCGUGCCUCUCUGCCACGGCAACAAAAUGGAGCAGGAUAUUGGGGGGAAGGGUCUCGUGGGAGUUCAUUCUCUUGUCAGAGAUGAUAUUCUUGCCAAAGCACAGAGCGGUGUGAGACAAGUGAGUGGUGCAGGGGCAGGUGCUGAGCGCAGCUCCCCUCAGCCCUCGCUGUGGUGAGGCGGGAAGGCGUCAGUGGGCUUAGUGUGGUGGCUGCAGCCGGCUGGCCCUGUGUUUCCUUCUUCCUGUCUGCUUCUCCUUGCUCUGGUGCUCGUCUCCUCCAGCAUGCCACGUUUGCAAACACUUGAAACAUAAAGGUCUGAUUUCCUUAAGGCAUAUCCUUCAUGAUUGUAUCUGUAAAUACUUCUAUACAGGAUACUGGGAUUUUCCAUACGGUAGCAGUACUGUCGCGUGAAAGCCUGUUGCUUUGGGAUCCCUGAACUUCACUGUUGUAUUGGAGCUGACAGGAGCAGAAUUGGAGCACGUGUCAUGUCUUAACAUUUCAUGCACACAAUCUUACCCGUCAGACAAGCUUUAAGAAUGGAUGAAGACCUUAAAAUGCAGACGCUUGACUCCUCUCUUCAGAGUCCAUCAGAGACGUUGCUCUCCAUUCGUCUCUUGGACUUUAAAACAAGUUUAUUGGAGACUAUGGAAGAACUGCGCAUAAGGAGGGAAACAGAGAUAAAUUAUGAAGAUCAAUUAAGUAAAAUUGUUGUGGAGAAACAGGAACUCGAGUGGCAGAAGGAUACUCUGCAGCAUCAGACAGACACGUUACAGCAACAAAAUAAAGAAGCCAUGGCAGCUUUUAAAAAGCAGGCAAGGAUGUUUGCCAUGGAAGAAGAAAAGGGAAAAUACCAACUUGCUGUAGAAAUAAAAGAAAAAGAAAUCAAUGGAUUGAAAGAAACGUUAAAAGAAUUACAGAUUUCAAAAUACACGUUACAAAAGAAACUGAAUGAAAUGGAUCAUAAAUUAAAGAUGCACUUAACAGCUAGAGAAGAGCAUCAUAAGAAACUGAAUGAAGUUGAGAGGUGUUAUGCUACUAUUGCAUGUCAGUUUGGAACCAUCAAAGAUGUUCAUGGAAAACUAGAGCACAGUGUACAGGAAGCAAUACAGCUCAAUAAGAAACUAACAUCGGUGAAUAGAAGACAAGAGACUGAAAUAAGUAAUCUGAAGGAAGAACUGAAGAAAGUAACUACAGACUUGAUAAGGUCCAAGGUCACAUCUCAGAACAGGGUGGGAGAAGAAAACAUCAAUCUUGCAGCAAAGGAAAAACAGUUUCAAGAACUGCAACAAAAAAUCAGAAUGGAGACAGCAAUCAGUAGAAGAGUUGAAGAAGAAAAUGCUUACAUGAAAGAAGAGAAACUAGAAAUUCUCAGCUCUCUACAGUGUGUGCAGAAGCAGCUUCAGCGAAUAACUCAAAUGAAUGUUAAAAUGGAAAGUGAAUUAAAUGCACUGAGAGAAGAAUAUCAGACACUUCAAAGAGAUAAUGAGCUGCAAAGGGAGAAGGCAAAGGAAAAUGAAGAAAAGUUCCUUAAUCUUCAGAAUGAGCAUGAGAAAGCACUGAGAAUUUGGAAAAAAGAUGAAGAAGAUUUGAGAAGAGAGAUGGACACUAUUAAAAAUGAGCUAAAUUCCCUUAAAGAGGUCCAAGGACAUAUUGACAUUUGCCGUCCUCCUCAGGGAAACCAGCGUUCAGAGACAGUAGAAAAUCUGCAGCUUGGUCAAGAACAAUCAGAAGACGGUGAAAUACAGACUAUUCAGAAAGACAACGAUUGUAUGCCAUUUAUUCUAAGAAAAGACAGUAACUUGGGACGUGAAGAUGAAACUGAAGUAAAAAACACAGUGAACUUCUCCUUAAGCACCGAAGAGUUACAGAUAGAACAAAAGUUAAAAGUUCUUGAGAACAGAUGUAAGGAUGAAAUUAACGCAGCUAGCCCUUCGGAAGGAAAGCAAAGGGAGGCUUCUCCCAGGAAUACCCUCUGCACGGAUACUGAUUUAAUUAACCAAGGACAGGACUCAGAAAUGCAUGUCACUGAAUGUAAAGAAGCAGAAAAUCUAGAAACAGCAAGUAGAGUGCUACCGGAGGGAAACGGUGCAAGUUUACAACAAAAGCUACAGGACAGCACUGAUCCAGUAGCAGCACAUCACACAGAAACAAGCAAGGUACUUUUAAAUGCUACUGACAGAGGAAUUGUCUGUGAGAAAAACGCAAUUCAAGAGAUGAACUCCAGUAACCAAGAACUGUGCAAUACUACACAUGCAUCAGUUUGUACUAAGGCAGACAAAAACUCGAGUUUCAUAGAACUCACCAGCAGUUUUCUUACAAUCGAAGCAUCCAAAAAAGAGUGUGGAGCAGCUGUGUGCAUUGAGAAGAGUGCUGUGUAUGAAACCAAGACAGAUGAUCAUCAAGUGAAUGAAUUCCGUUUUGGCAUCCUAUCUUAUGCUAAAGAAAACUGUCAGACAGAAUACCAGAAAUGUAGCUUGCUAAACAGUGACAAAGAUGUGGAUAACAGAUCAUGUAAAAUAGAAACAAGCUUGUUACAUCUGAGCGCUUUACCUAGAAAUAAAUUUCCUUUUAAACAAAUGCAUGUAGAUGCUGAGGACAAAAGUUACAAUGAAAAUGCUGCAAACAUCAACAGAAGUGGUACACUAAGGCAUACUGGUUUUCCAGCAAUGGAUGCUCAAAAUUUAUUAGCCGUUAAUCGUGAUAAUGCAAGUGCUGAUAAAGCUGCAGAAGAACAUAGUAAUAACAUGCCUCUUAGAGGUACUUAUAACUUAAGCCCCAAAAAGAUAUUUAAAGGAAUAAAUGCGGAUGACGUGCACAGCAAACAACCUGAACACGACAGCACUGAGCAAUCAGGAGGUGACACAAGUACCUUGGAUGCUGAAGCCGUGUCUCCAGUAAGGGCGGAUGAUUUUGACACAACUGUUCACCAAGUCCCAGCAGAUGGAAUUAGUGCAGAUAAACUUAAUGAAGAAAUUGAGAUAAAGUCCAUCAAAAAUGGACGUUCCCUGGACGUUAAUGAUAAUUCAAUAAAUAACACUACGUUAAAACAGAAAAAAGACUCGCGGCACAGUACAGUUCCAGGAAGGAAGCCUGCUGAGGGUCACCUGAAAGAAUCAUGCUCUUUACCCACGAGAACAUCUGGAAGUUUAGUGAAUGUAAGUGGGAGGUCAUCCUUUGAUCUUUCAACUUCAGAUAAAAAAGCUGAGAAAACUUCAGUAUGCUUCAAAUUUCUAGAGCUCAGUUCUUGUUCAAGAAUAAAUCAAAUGAGAAGUCAGGCUACGUGGACUUCAUCAUCCCAAGAACCUUUGGCUUUGAAAGAGCAAGUGCCGUGUCUAGUGGAAAACCAAAAGGUGAUUCCAAGAGCAUUUCAAAACAUCGGUGAAAAUGUUGGCAGGAAAGAAACAGGACCAGGUUCUACCAGUUCUAACGGAGCCGCUGACACUUGGAAUACCUCUAGUAUCCACCGAGACCCCCAGGGAGACACUACUGAAGAAUGGAAUGCUACGGCAAAGACUUUUUAUGAUUCUUCUUUUCCCACAGAACAUGUGCAAGAAGGAUUUACCGCUUUGAAUGAGCGGAAGCCAUCUCCCAUGACUGUAACUCCAGCGCAAAGGGAAAGAACACUGGGAGAGGAGGACAGAUGUCCUCCUCAUCAUUCCACUGUACAAAAUGAAAUAGAAGAAAUUGAGAAAUUCCUCAAGUUGGAAAGACUUGGUUCAUCGAGAAAAAGAAAACAUGAAGACAAUAAAAAGCAGUGGUAGGAGAUGGAUAAAGCACUUCUAUAAGCUAAGUUGGUAGAGCUAUUCCUA